AUGCCCGUCUCAGGUGUCCCAUGGAACUUCAGUUUUAAUGUGAAGUUUUACCCCCCAAACCCCACCCAGCUGUCCGAGGACAUCACCAGGUACCUUUUGUGUCUCCAGCUCAGACAGGACAUCGUCUCUGGCCGCCUUCCAUGUUCAUUUGCCACUCACACCAUCCUCGGUUCCUACACCGUCCAGUCAGAGCUCGGGGACUACGAUCCUGAUGAGUGUGGUCCAGAUUACGUCUCUGAGCUCAGUUUUGCUCCAAACCAGAUGAAGGAAAUGGAGGAGAAGAUCAUGGAGCUGCACAAAACCUACAGGGGUAUGACACCAGCAGAGGCCGAAAUGCACUUUCUGGAAAAUGUAAAGAAGCUUUCCAUGUAUGGCGUGGACCUCCAUCAUGCUAAGAUGGUAGGAAGCCGCUUUGAUUGCUUGUCUUCAGCUCGGACUGAGGACUCAGAGGGUGUGACCAUCAUGCUGGGCGUGUGCAGCAGUGGGCUGCUGGUCUACAGAGACAGACUGAGGAUCAACAGGUUCUCCUGGCCCAAGAUCCUGAAGAUCUCCUACAAGAGGAACAACUUCUACAUCAAGAUCGGCCCUGGAGAGUUUGAUCAGUUUGAGUCGAUUAUUGGAUUCAAGCUGCAGAAUCACCGAGCAGCAAAAAGACUGUGGAAGGUUUGUGUGGAACAUCACUCCUUCUUCAGGUUGGUGUCUCCAGAGGAACCUCCCAAGCGUUUUCUGGGUUCCAAGUUUCGCUACAGUGGUCGGACUCAGAUCCAGAGCCGCAGAUACAGCGCUCAGAUCUCCAGACCUCCACCGCAUUUCCCACGAUACAUCAGUAAGAAGAACAUGCUGAGCCGCAGCCUUGACGGAGCUCCAAGAGCCCACCCCUGUCUCUCUGAUUGGCUCGCCCGCCAUCACAGCACCUCCUUCAACCAAUGACAUCAAACGCACAGGUAGAACUUGUAAGAAAAUCCUGUGACUGGCUGCAGUAGUACUGCAGUACUACAAAUACUCUCCCUCCACAGCUGUGAAUGCUUUAGUGAACUUUGUUUCUGAUUGGUUGGGCUCAGGUUGCAUCAUCAGGCCACAUGACCAUUUCUCCAA